GUUCAGGCUCCUCUGACUCUCCCUGUGAGGAGAACUGCCUCUCUCUCCUUUAGUAGCCUGUAAUGUUUUUCUGCAUUUCUGAAUAUGAUGUCGAAAAAACACACCGGUGGGACAUAACAGCGUCUGUCCAGCAGGGGGACGCUGGGCGUCACGUUGCUAUGGUAACAGUAGGGAAGUCCCAGGCCAACAACAACGGUGCGAUAAUGUCCGUCAGCUCUGUGCUAAAAGAAGAGAAGAAGAAGAGACGCACUCUGGUUCUGAGGCCCUCCUCUCGAACUAUUAAUAUUUCAGUAUCAGGCGUACAUGGAGUCAGCCAAAGUAGCAGAGACACAACCAGCGUCCUGUCCCCGAGCAGAAGACGUCUGAGCCUGGCCGCUGGCAGCAAAGUCCUCAUUCCCACUCCGAGACAAGCUGUCCGGGUGUUGGAUGAAGAAGACAAUGACGUCACUCCUCAGCCGCUUUACCGGGCAGAUGCAGCAGCUGCAGCAGCUGUGCAGGUCAAAGCCAGCAGGUUGUUCCUGGAUGAAAUCUGUGCUGGAUCAGCAUCAGACCAGACAGCAGCCACUGGCAGCUUCACCAUGCUCUUCUCAAGGUCCAUAUUAGGAAGCAGCAGGAUAUCCAGCCAGUCUACCAUCGAGUCCAUGAAUGAGGAGAUGGAGGAUACAUUUUCCAAAAGGGAUAUGCCCUUCAACUUCCCAGAUGUGCAGGGGAAAAGAGACACUGUGAAAGAACCUGUGACAGAAGACAUGUUGAAAGAGGUCACAGAUGUCUACAUCUCUGAGACAGACAGCAUUUCACUGCUGGACAUACCCAGCACCUUUGUGUCAGUGGAUGCUGAUGACUCAGAAGCUAUCAUAGAGAGAAACAAUCAGUAUGCUGAGGUUUGCAGAAAUGGAAUGGGCAAUGAUAAGUAUGUGGAUCGAUCCGUGCAGACAUUGAAUGGAGCAGCUAAAAACAAACAGGUCCAGAGCGACAGCACAGUCAUGGUAGACACAGCCACGACUGUUACCACCUGGGACAUGUAUGACACUUUGCUCAGCCCCGAGCAGGAUGAAAAGGUGUGUAGCCCUGAACUAGGCAGGGCUGACUAUCCAGAGGCUGUUGUGGACACCAGCAGAGGGGCAGAGAGGAGCGUGUCGGUGGGCAGCACAGCCAGUACAGCCAGUGCUGCUAGCUCACUGAAAGAAGUGGAGGCGAUUGGGAUCAGUUUGAACGCUGAGUCAGACCUUCAGCUGAUCAUGCUGUCGGAGAAAUUCCAACACUGCUUACUAGUAAUGGAGAGGAGCAUUCUGGGAAACACGUUCCAACCCAAGCUGGCUGCUUACAGACAGCUGCCCGUUAUAGAAGACCCAGACCCUCUGGUGGAGCAGAGGGAGGAGGAUACAGAGAGCCCCCCAUCUCCAGCUGUGGAGCGACUCUGGGCCUUCAGCUGUGAGCUCAGCAGAGGACGCAGCAUCAGCUGCAUGGCAUGGAACAAGAAGAACCCGGACCUCCUGGCUGUGGGCUAUGGUGAGUCUGGCUCCAGUGACCAGAAACCAGGCCUGGUAUGCUGCUGGUCUCUCAAAAAUCCCACGUGGCCUGAGCGCGUCAUCCACGGUGACAGCGCGGUGACUUCCCUGGAUUUCUCAUCCAAUAAACCCAGUCACCUGGCUGUGGGCAUGCAAGAUGGCAGCAUCGCUAUCUACAACGUGAAGAGUCAAGACAACAAGUCAGGUGUCAUCAGCAGCAGUGAAUGUCCCAACAGGCACUUGGAUCCAGUGUGGCAGCUCAGGUGGACCCAACAGGAGUUGAGCUUGACGGGAGGAGAGAAGGCAGAAUGGCUGUUUUCUGUGGCUGCAGACGGGAGGAUCAGCAAGUGGCUCGUGUGCAGCAACGGCCUCGACUGCAUAGACCUGAUGAAGCUCAAGAGGAUUCAUAACACCAAGAAGAAAGCUGGAGGGACCAAGACAGACAGUGUUGUGUCACCACUGACUCCUGGUCUGUGUUUUGACUUCCAUCCAACAGAUCCCAGUGUCUACUUGGUUGGCACAUGGGAAGGUCUCAUUCAUCAGUGCUCCUGUUCCAACAGUCAGCAGUUUCUGGAGACGUACAGGAAGCACUUUUGUCCUGUGAACUGUAUCACAUGGAGUCCACUCAGUCCCGAUGUGUUCCUGAGCUGCUCCUCUGACUGGACCGUCCAGCUGUGGAAGCAGGACCACCAUAGCCCCAUGUUAAGCUUCACCUCCACCCAGAGAGCAGUGUGCGACAUCAAGUGGUGCCCAAAGUGGGCCACAGUAUUCGGAGCCGUUAAUGAGGGACAGCUGGAGAUCUGGGACCUGAAUUCAAGCAUCUUGGACCCAAUCAUCGUGCAGCCUGCUGCCACUGAUGUGAAGAUGAAGUCCCUGCUGUUUGCCACACAGGCAGACUGUGUCCUGGUAGGAGACAGUGAUGGACAAGUGACUGUCUACCAGCUCAAGAACAUCAGUGUGGGAGACAGCAGCCAGGUGGAUAUUCUGGAGGCCAUCAUCUGCUCUGCGGCUCUGGGAUAGUUCAGAAACAUAGACAGAUGAGACCCAAGGCCUUCGGGUCUCUCUUUGCAAACGAUGCAUCAGUACAAAGAAAAUGAUGUGUCCAGAUCUAGAAGUAACACAAGUUCAUUUUGGCAUAAGGCUUUAGUGUACAUUGGUCUUUACCGCUGAAAGCAUCAGACUAAACAUACUGGCUGAGUUUGUCAAGAGUUGGAGCUUUAAGGGUUUAAAUCGCUUCAUUUCAUUUGAAUUCUAUUUAAUCGUUUUGCCAAAGAAGAAUGAAUAUUAUUCUUUAAAAAAAACACACCAUAUAUGAUUUGUAUGUUACUGUAGAAAAUAACCCCAAAAAAUCAUCACGUCAUUAAAAUCCUCAAAUUCCCCGAAACAAAGCCAAAGACAUGACGUCAGUGUCCUGGCAGCUCGGGCCACGCACGCCACGUCAAGAAACCAUUGCUGAAUUUUAAAUAUUAUAUUUCAGUGUUAAUGGUUCCUGUGUAUGCAGAAAUGUUGACGGAUUAUUGUGCAUGAUGAAGGGCUCCACACUGAGGAAGACUGCUUUAGAGCUCUGGGAGUCAGAGAUAUGGUGACGUCUUGUGGCCAGAUUUGGUGCGACAGAAAGUUGAGUGAAUUGAGAUGAAUCUUAUUCGACGAGCUCUUUGACCUGCUGGGAUGCAGAUGGACUUCCUCGGCUUUGGUUGGUCCUAUAAGUCAAGUUAAAUGCUCUCCAGGCUUCUCCUUAUUACUUGCUUUAAAUACAACAUUUAACAGAUGAAACUGAA